UGGCGCACAGAGGGGCUGCUGAAAUGGAGAGUCUCAAGACUGCUUCAGAAAUGCUGUAUCCUGAGAUAAUAGUAGAAGUGGGCAGAGUGACUUUUGGAGAAGAAAACAGGAAGAAGAUGACCAACAACUCUUUGAAAAGAUCUGAGAAUUCCAAACUCACCCAGGCCAUAUGUGCACUAUUAAACUCGGGAGGGGGCGUGAUCAAAGCAGAGGCUGAUGAUAAAACCUAUAGUUACCGAUGCCAUGGGCUGGGGCAGGAUUUGGAAACUUCUUUUCAAAAGCUCCUUCCUUCGGGUUCACAGAAAUAUCUUGACUACGUGCAGCAGGGGCACCAUCUCCUGAUUUUUGUGAAGUCUUGGAGCCUCGAUGAUUUUAGCCUCCCACUAAGGAUCUGCAGCUUGCACUCCAAUUUAUAUCAGAGAGAUGUCACUUCCGCUAUUAACUUGAGCGCCACCAGUGCCUUGGAACUUCUCAGAGAGAAGGAGUCUAGAGCCCAAAGGGGAGGUCCAAGGGUGAAGGAGCUUCAUCCUCAGAAAGUUCUCUCCACCUACAUUCAGGAAGAGGAAGACAUGAAGGUAUCUGCUUCCGAAUUUUUUAAAAAGGACAGACUCAAGUAUAAGGAGAAACUCAACUUUACUGAGUCAACACAUGUGGAGUUCAAAAGGUUCACCACCAAAAAGGUCGUACCUCGGACCAAGGAAAUGCUGCCUCAUUAUAUUUCUGCAUUUACCAACACUCAAGGGGGCUACCUAAUUAUUGGGGUGGAUGAUAAGAGCAAAGAAGUGUUUGGAUGUAAGAAGGAAAAAGUGAACCCUGACUUAUUGAAAAAAGAAAUAGAGAACUGCAUAGAAAGAUUGCCUACGUUCCACUUCUGCUGUAAGAAGCCAAAGGUGAAUUUCACCAUCAAAAUCUUGAAUGUGUACCAAAAAGAUGUCCUGUAUGGUUAUGUCUGCGUGGUUCAAGUGGAGCCCUUCUGUUGUGUAGUUUUUGCACGUGCCCCAGAUUCCUGGAUCGUGAGAAACAAUUCUGUCACAAGGCUGACGGCUGAGGAGUGGGUGGUCAUGAUGCUGGAUCUUCAGUCAGCUCCUUCCAGUUCGGCCACACACUACCACUCUCAACUGAUUUCCUCAGCUUCGUCUGCACCAAGAAGUCCAGCACAUCCCAUCAAAGUCCUGGAAUUUAAACAGGCUCUGCAACGACGUUUUUUCCCAGUGACACAGGAAGAGAUACAGUUUAAACCAGAGUCCCUCUGUAAGAAGCUGUUCUCAGAUCAUGAAGGAUUGGAGGAAUUAAUGAAGACACAGAUACAUCCUUGUUCUCAGGGGAUUGUGAUAUUUUCUAGAAGCUGGGCGAGUGAUGUCGGCUUAAGGAGAGAACAGAACAUCCUGUGUGAUGCCCUCCUAAUAGCAGUUAACAGCCCCCUGGUUCUCUACACGAUCUCUCUAGACCCCAGUUGGCUUGGGGGACUUGAAUACGCCCGAAACACUGCUCACCAGUUAAAGCAGAAACUGCAAACUGUUGGUGGUUACACAGGAAAAGUGGGCAUCAUUCCAAAGCUGAUGCACCUGACCAGCACACAGCGUAGCCCUGGCGAGACCCCUGUCCACUAUCCCCUCUCCUACAGCCUUGCUGAUGAGGAUGAAAUGGGAAACUUGUUACAGGCCCUUGUGGUAGUCUGUCUGUGCUCCAGAUCUUUCCUGAGUGACCAGCUGGGCUGUGAAUUUUUCAACUUGCUCAUAGGAGAGCAAAGCAAGUUGCUUUCUGAGAGCCUUUGUGAGACGCGGGAAUUGUUCAUCCACUGCUUUCCAGGAACCAGGAAGACAGCCCUAGCCAUAAAAAUCAUGGAGAAAAUUAAGGACGUGUUCCACUGCAAACCAAAAGAGAUCCUCUACGUUUGUGAAAGUGACUCUCUAAAGGAUUUUGUGACCCAACAAACCACCUGCCAAGCUGUGACGCGGAAAGUUUUCAUGCAAGGGGAGUUUCUAAAGAUUAAACACAUAGUGAUGGAUGAGACUGAGAAUUUCUGCAGUAAAUACGGUGACUGGUACAUGAAGGCUAGGGACAUCACCCAUCCAAAGGUGAGAGGGGCUGGAAGUGAAAGCCUUCACCGUGGGGUGCUCUGGAUUUUUCUGGACCCUUUGCAAGUCCAUCACACAGAUGUCAAUGGUCUUCCCCCUCCAUUUGCUCAAUUUCCUCGAAAAACAGUCGCCAGUGGGAUCCACCGUGCUUGGGAAAUAGCAAUGGUCUUGAAAGAAGAAAUGAAAAGAAUCAAAGAAAAUCCUCUCUCCAGCAUUUCUCCAGAGGCACUGGCCUUGUUCAGCGAAGCUGCCUAUGGGGAAGGGAUGUGUGCCCAGGCUCUGCCUGGAGUGUACGAGGUAAAGACUAACAUGACACCAGAGCAAAUAGCUAAUUACGUGGCAGGACGAUGUCACAGCUUAUUCCAGCAUGGCUAUCUGCCCAAAGAUGUAGCAAUUCUGUGCAGGAGAGAGGAGGACAGAGGACGCUAUAAGCUUGCGCUGCUAAAAGCAAUGAACUCAAUUCAGACUCAUGGAGCAUCAGGGGUUGUGUUCAGCCAGGCCACUGAUGUUUGGGGCAGUCACAUCACUUUAGAUAGUCUUCGGCAGUUUUCAGGCCUGGAGAGGAAUAUUGUGUUUGGGAUUAGUCCAGAAUGUGCCCAGUCAGAGGAGUUGCAUAAGCUCUGCUUUGCCUCAAGAGCUAUUAAUCACCUCUACCUGCUUUAUGAAAAGAGGGCGGCCUCUGAACGUCAUUAGAAAUAAGGCAGGAAGUCAGGAAGGGCAGGGUCCACUCACCCAGUCAGGGGGCAGCCGCUCCUUCUUAAUGCUACAAGUAAGGAAAUCAGGCACACGUGUAUGG